CCACCCAUCUGAAUUCUCCAAUCCUCUCCCAUCCCCUCAUUAACAACCUCUUCUUUUUAAUCCAUCUCAUCCUCCUUCUCCUUCUCUACUACAAUUGUAGUCUCCUUCCACUUCCAUCUCCACUGCAGGACCAAUGGCUUCCACUGCAGUGACAGCCUCAGUCUCCCUCCCUUCCUCUAAGACAUCAUCCCUUGUUCUUCCUUCAAGGACAUACAUCUCCUCUUCAGACAAGCUCACUCUCAACAAGACUUGCUUGUACACCAAAAGUGUCUCCUUUUCUACCAGGAAGUUGGUCACUGUAAGAGCUCAGGUCACCACAGAAGCCCCUGUCAAGGUAAAGAAGGAAUCCAAGAAGGAUGAUGAAGGGGUUGUUACCAAUAAGUACAGGCCUGCAAAUCCUUACAUUGGGAAGUGCCUUCUGAACACUAAGAUCACUGGUGAUGAUGCUCCAGGAGAGACUUGGCAUAUGGUCUUCAGCACUGAAGGGGAGGUUCCUUACAGAGAAGGGCAGUCUGUUGGUGUGAUUGCUGAUGGAAUUGAUAAGAAUGGAAAGCCUCACAAGCUUAGGUUGUAUUCAAUUGCCAGCAGUGCUCUUGGAGAUUUUGGUGAUUCCAAGACUGUUUCAUUAUGUGUGAAGAGACUUGUAUACACAAAUGAUCAAGGAGAGAUAGUAAAGGGAGUGUGCUCUAAUUACUUGUGUGACCUGAAGCCGGGGGCUGAUGUUAAACUUACUGGACCAGUAGGAAAAGAAAUGCUUAUGCCAAAAGACCCCAAUGCAACUAUUAUAAUGCUUGCAACGGGUACUGGAAUUGCUCCUUUCCGAGGAUUCUUAUGGAAGAUGUUCUUCGAGAAGCAUGAAAAUUACAAGUUUAAUGGGUUGGCUUGGCUCUUCUUGGGAGUUCCUACAAGUAGCUCUUUGCUCUAUAAGGAGGAAUUUGAGAAGAUGAAAGAAAAGGCACCUGAUAACUUCAGGCUCGACUUCGCUGUAAGCCGAGAGCAAACAAACGAGAAGGGAGAGAAGAUGUACAUCCAGACCCGAAUGGCACAGUAUGCUGAAGAAUUGUGGGAAUUGCUAAAGAAAGACAACACUUUUGUGUACAUGUGUGGACUAAAAGGAAUGGAGAAAGGAAUCGACGACAUUAUGGGGUCUCUGGCUGCCAAGGAUGGAAUUGAUUGGUUGGACUAUAAGAAGCAAUUGAAGAAGGGAGAGCAAUGGAAUGUUGAAGUUUAUUGAUGCUUGCUGCUACUUUGUGCAAGCUGUUUCCAUUUGCCAAAAGGACCGAUCUUUUUCGUCUUUGUGUCUACUCAAUGUAGAUAGGUGAUAUUUUUCUUUUGUGGUGUAUUUUCCUUUGUUUGGUACUUACUUGUAAGUAAUCUCAACUUCAAUUUAUAAACUUUUUCACAAGUUUGAUACAAUAUUUUCUCA